GUGAUGCGAAAAAAUGUCAACAUCACUCCAGCACCGCACCAUAGGACCCACGAAUUACAGCUAAAACGUUGUUUUUCUUCGUGUACAAAAAUUAACAUGCUUACGUGCUUACCCGCGGAAGUAAGACCUUGAUGUUUGCUAACCACUUUUUUGGCUGUCACUGCAGAGGAUGGCUGUAUCUCACACUGGCCAGUCCUCCCUGGUACACAGCUUGGCCACACUCCUCCGGAAUGACGGUGACUUGGUACUGGACGGCAGCAGCACACUGACCUUGCCAGCAGCCAGCUUGCAGCACCUCACCAGGCUCUUUGAGCAGUACUUGCUGUCCAGGAGCCAGCAGCACGGUUUCCUGGCACUGCCCUCCCAUCCUGCGGACACCACUUCCCUGCUGCAGCUGCAGUUCCUUUUCGACAUCCUGCAGAAGACCAUCUCCCUCAAGCUCAUCAACCCGCCAGAGACCAGACUUCAGUCUGUGGUGAAAAUCUUCCCGUUCAAGUCACUGAAGUGUUUGGAGCUGAAGCGAAUCCCGCCACACUGUCUAGAGGGACUCAGGGGAGUUUACUCCCAGUUGGAGGUCUUCACCUGCUCAAAGAGCCUAAGCUCCCUGGAGGAGUUGCUUUCUCUGUGUGGAGGCGACCUGAGCUCCGCACUGCCAUGGCUGGAACUGCACACCCUUAACUUCAGCUACAACUCCAUUGUCUGCCUUGACCAGUCACUAAGUUUACUGAACGUCCUGAAAUCUCUGGAUCUAAGCCAUAACAAGAUUCAGGAGUGUGCUGAAUUUCUAAAGCCCUUGGGUGAGCUGGAACACUUGAACCUGGGCUACAACUGCCUGCAGAGGGCGCCAACGCUGGGCCUGAGUGCUCGGGCCAAACUCCUCACACUCAUCCUCAGGAACAAUGAGCUGGAGACUAUAAAUGGUGUGGAGCAGUUGUCUUCACUCCAGCACUUAGACCUGGCCUAUAACCUCCUGUUGGAGCAUUCCCAACUAGCUCCUCUCUCCUUGCUACACUGCCUCAGCACACUUAAUCUGGAGGGCAACCCGCUGCACUUCCAGAAGACCCAUCGCACCUGCACCGUCCGACAUCUCUCUCCAAAGGCUGCCAAUCCUACACUCAAACUUGAUGGUAUCCCGCUCUCCUCAUAUGAGUUAUCAGUUCUGCCUAAACCAGGCCAACUGAUCAUCCAGGUCCAGGCUUCACCCCCAGCUGCAAUGCCACCAGAACGGAGUAACCAAGAAGUGUCCAGUGGUGCUGGGGAGCUUAGUGACAGCCUGUCAGUUGGAGAGGUGGGGGUCUCACACAUUCGCAGGAAGAAAUCAAGGUGUAAGGUCAAAGUGAGGAGGGCCAGCAUAUCCGAGCCCAGUGAUACAGAUUACGAGCCCAGACAGCUUUCUUCCACACAGAGCAUUGCCCUUCCCCACAAGCAGGAUAUCGAGCGUAUGUCCAGCUUCAGGGAGCAGCUGGGGGAGGAUUGGCUGAGGUACCAGCACCAUCUAGAUGGAGCUUCCCCCUCUGCCAUCACCACCAUUGUCAGCACCAACCAGCCAACCCCUCACCAUCAGACUCUCCCCAACGGCCUCAGCAUCACCACCCUAUGUCCAUCCACCAGCCCCGGUAAGCAGCCGUCUCCACCGUCCCUGGAAGUCCCGGAGAUCCUCCCCCCUCCGCUUCUCUCGUCUGAACCCAUUGCGGAGACUUCUGACGUGGAUGGAGACCAGGAAACAGAGUCCACCCUACAGUGGCCCGGUCAGAGCACUCGACACACAGAGUCCACCUUGGAGGACAGCAUGGUGGAUGGUCAGGUGGUGAGCCAGGGAGUUAUGAGCUCUCCUGGGCCAAGUCCAGGGUCCCAGCAGUCGGCUAGAGCAGAGAGCGGAGACAUUAAGGAAGAAGAGGAGGAGGAGGACCUUGGAGUGGACCUGUGUCACCCCCUCCUUGUGGGUGUCUUAUCCGACAAAAAGGAGGAAGACGACAACGGCCAGGGGGGAAAGGGGAGGAAGAAGGAGGUGUUUUUGUGCAUAAAACAGGGCCUGGUGCUGGAGGUGGACAUGCAGCGGGGCCAUGUGAGAUGCCGUCUGGAGCUGGACAGCUUGGCUCGGGUGGAGACCACAGAGGCCGCGUGGACCCGUGGGGAUACAGAGGAGAUGCUUCCAGCUGUGGAGCUUCAGUUCGACUACAUCAGCAGGGAGAAGAGGAGGAGACGCUACGUCCUGUUGGACGAUGACCCUCAGGAGGCACUACAGGCUCUGACCGACGUGCUGUCUCACGUGGUGGAGGAAAAGCAGCGGCGUGACUCUGAGCUCCGCCCCAGCUGCGUUCACCUGCAGUGCCUUCGCUGCAGGUCAGAGUUUGCGCUUCAAGGAGAGGGCAAUGAAGAGGAGGUGGGAGGUGGAGCGAGGCGGCGAGGGGCAGCGACGCUACCGGAGGGUGUGGAAGAACAGGACGGGGAGGAGCUGACAGAGGCAGAAUGUGAUGAUGACAGCAAAGGAAUCAGUAAUAUUUGUCCAGAAUGUGGCAGCGAUCAUGUGGUUCAGCUGGCUGGCCAAUCAACUCCCUACAGCAGUACGCCCAUCCAUCGCUCAUCGAGGCCCAACAGUGAGGACGAUCAUCUCAAUAUAACCCAGAGCACUCACAGUGCCAAUAAGGAUGACUACACAGAUGCCAGCAUUAGCAGUAGUCCCAUCCUGGAGACUGCCACCACUACAGGAGAUCCCACCUUCGUCACGGCCCAGGGAAGUUCCUUCUUCACCGGGGACGGUCCCGGCGAUAACUACAGCAUCUCCUACAACACAGAGUGCCAAAGUAAAGAGGACCUGGCUGGGAGCUACCACUACACCGCUACCGGUGCGACACCACCUGAAGUCCAAGCCCAGCCUACAGGAAGAUCCACCCCAAACGAUGAUGUGGACCUACUGUCUGAGGAAUACGAAGCAGUGGACCACCGGCUGAAGCUGUUCUUGGACGUGGAGGUCUUUGAGGAGGAAGAGGAGCUUCACUCUUUCCUCAAGAUGUCAGCUGUCAAAUUUGGGGAACCAGGGGAGGUUCCCUCUCUGUUGGUGGUGUCAAACCAGCGAAUGUAUUUCUUGGAAAUGACAUCAGAGAUGCACAGAGGCCAGCUCUCUGAUUGGCUCCUGAAGCGGGACAGCCACCCAAUCAUGGAGCUCAGCUACUUGGAGGUGGGGCUGGGCUCUCAGAGCAUCCACAUGGAGUUUGGAGACGGGGGCGUGGCCUACACCCUCCUCGUGAGGGACAGUUUACGUUGCAAACGCUUCUUUGGCCUGUUGACAGGAAUUGUGCGUGAGAUGGCUCACAAAUCAGACAGCAAGCUGAAGUCCAUCUCUACCACAAGACUAAACCCCCAGCACCAUCUCUGGCCUCUAGUGUGUGAAGACAUCCAGGCAGAUGUGGAGGAUGGCCAGCUGCAGUUCUUCUACAUUCUGGCUUUUGUCCUGCAAGAAGACAUUUGGAUGCCCUUGACAGUCCUUGCAACCCGGGAAACCCUCUACCUGCUCAAAGAAGAUCACCAGUGGACAAAAAGCUCCAACAGCCUGACAGGAAAUGAAAACAAAGAACCAUGCAGUGGGAACGUCGCUGUUUUAGAAACACUGCCAAUCAGCUGCGUGAGCUCACUCCAACUGUGGCCUUCAGAUCAGUGCAGAAUAGAUAUUAAGCUUUACGAUGAGACUGUGAAACAGGAGAAGACGUGGUGUGUGCGCUCGGAGAGCACUGAGCUCCUCCAGGGUCUGCUGGCCUGGGUCAGAGCGCAGUGGGAGACCAUGUUCGGAGUAAAGCUGCACACAAGCCUGCAAGACAAAGCAGCAUAAUGGGGGAAGGCAUGAAAAAAGAAGAAAGUUACAGACUCUGUGUGUGUGUGUGUGUGCGUGUGAACCCGCGCGCCCCUGCGUGUUUUGUGAGCAUGAAUCUGCAUGUUGGUACCGGGGAAAUGUUUAGUGAGCUGGGAGCAAGUGUGUCGUUAUUCUCUAUCUGCGCAGUCUGCACUCAGUCCGGUCCCAUUACUCUCAUUGCUUUCAACGUCUUUUAAACCGAGAACUUGGAAAUGAUUGCACUCAUUCAUGUGGUACACAAGCCCAUAAAAGCACUGGUUGCAUAAUUUUUCCUCCAGAUACCAUCCCACCCAACUUUUCUACAGCCGAAAUGGAGUGUGCCUUGUUUCUUUUGAAGCUGCCACAUUUCUUAUUGAAAUGCACCUUAAUGCAUCUCGUAUUGUUCCUCAUUCUUUGUAGCAUCGGGCUGAUUUGGAGCAGGUCUGGGGGUUUGGAACUGAGAGAGCAGUAAGUUGGGAAGAAAUGGUUGUGUCUGUGAAUUUUUAGGGGAGCUGAGCUUCGAAUACACCCCGCGUUAAGCUGCACAAAGUCUUUCCUCGCCAUCUUAGGGUGCAGUGAGUUGUGAUAUCACGCGCUCAACACGAGGCCGGGGCUGCUUCUGAAAGGCCAAGGCUCAAGCCCGUCGUGGAGGGUCAUUUCCACCCAAUUAGGGUCUCAUGAUGUGUCUCUUCACUGGGUUAUGUGAAAAGAUGAACGGAAGCUGUUCUUUCCUUCAAAACGAAGUAACAGAUGUUCAUUUUUUAAUGAUUGUUAAAUGCAACUGGGGAGUAUUUUUGUUUAUUUUCGGAUGGACUGUGUGGAGAAAAUAUGUUAUUGUCAUCACUCGACAAGUGCAUUACAUCUCAACUAAAUCCUCACAUCUGUUUAGUUUAUAUAUUAGUCAAAUGUGAUACAGAGCUGCUGCACCUGUGUGCAUUAUGCAUGUAGCCACUGUGAUGUGAAACUGUGCAUACUAUCAUCAUGUACAGAUGCAGUAGAGGUCAAGAUGAACUCAGCACUGUUAACUUAGAUUAACCAGUAUAACUUAAUUUAUUUCCUUAUCAUUUAUUUCAUCGUGGGUUAAGUCAGAAAAGUCUUUUAUUUUUGUAUUAAUAUGAAGAAAAAAACAUCUGAUGUAUGAUGUGUGUAAUUCAGUAUAAAAGUCAUGUGUUCGUUUGUG